CUUUUUUUACGCGUGAACAAUUUCUAGUCGAUACUCGGUACUUAGAUAGUGCCUGUUAGUGCUUGGACCUGUUUAGGCAGGUUGCCCUAACAACGUCCAUUAUCUCAAGGAGGUAGCCUCAAGUCAACUUCAUAACUGAUACAUCUACUCGAUUAAUGUGUUAAUUUUCUCUCUCUUCUCCUCGCACACUUUCUCUAUUCUUUCUCCUUCUCACUAUCACCAACACGAGUGUAUCAUUCCCUCUUCUUUCCCUUUACAAUAUCUAAAUCAUCAUCCUAUUUAAUACCUUUAGUACUUGAUGAAAGUGGACGCUUCCAGAGCUUGCACUGUUUGAGUAUCACCGAUUCUUGGCAGCCGCAUCUAUCUAUUCCUACCCCAGGUUUCCAGAUUUGGUAACUCGACUCUUUACCAUCUUGGAUGUUAGAUAGUAUAACAUUGUGCUCCGUUAUAUAUUUGUUCAGGUUUGACUUCUAAUAACCGCAUCCAUAUAAUCACCACCCAAGAAUGCCGCGACAUAAUGGCGCCGUCAAGCACGAACGUGGUGGCUCACCGGUGCCAAGUGUGAGAUCAGGGACCAUGGGGCCGCCCUCUCCGAAUCCUCUCAAGCGGAAAGUUCCUCCCAGUGAGAGUUAUCAUUCCAUGGCCCGAACGUUCAAUCGCUCUCAUGCUCCUAGUGCUGAAACCCACCAGCGAAGGGAUGAUGAAACAGAGCCCAUCUUCAUGGAAAUGAGGUACCGGGACAGCUUCAGAAGCGGCCAGCAAGGCUCUCCAGUAUCACAGAACGCCGAUGCCAGCUUUCUCCAGCAGAGUUUCUCCCAUCCUACCUUUGCCGAUAUUGGACUCAGACAGAAAGCUUGUAAUGAUACAUUAGGAGACCUUCAGACGCUCGGCGUGUCUCACGUCGCCCCCCUUCCCGAGCUUGUUCUUGUUGGCGACCAGUCAUCUGGCAAGUCCAGCCUGAUGUCCGGUCUAGCUCGUAUAAACCUCCCGAGGAGUGCUGGCGUGUGCACACGUUGCCCUCUUCAUAUUCGCUUGAUCAGUAGCAAGACCGAUCAUUGGUCAUGCACUGUCUCUCUACAACAGGAUUAUGAUUUCCAGCCACACCCUGAUCGUAAACCGGAGCUGUCAGACGUUACCGUGGCAAAGCCAUUCCCUCCCUGGGUUAAGAGUAACCACCGGGAUAUCAAACCGUUCAAGACUAUCUUUAAUCCCUCCGAGAUUGAAGAGGUUCUUCGCUGGGCCCAGAUUGCAAUAUUAAAUCACAAUCGCAACUUUGAGAUUUUUGUCCCUGGCGAAGGUGCUUUUGCUAAAGAAACGCCCCUUGAUGUUGCGGCUCGGGAGACAGAUGCCCAAUUCUCUCCGAACAUCGUAGCCUUGGAGAUGAGAGGGCCUGGGCUUCCAGAUCUAAGUUUCUACGACCUGCCUGGCGUCUUCCAAUCUCCAGAAAAAGAAGAGGAUAUGUACGUGGUGAAAGUCGUAGAGAAUUUGACACUUGACUAUAUCAAACGACCCAGGGCAAUUAUUAUGUGGGCUCUUCCGAUGAACGUUGAUGUGGAAAAUUCCAUCUCUUUAAGCAUCAUCCGCAGGGCCAAAGCGACUGGCCGAACCAUCGGUGUUAUGACAAAGGCAGACCAACUUCCCCCUCAGAACAUUUCCAACUGGUUGUCUAUGUUCCAAAAUGACAAGCAACUCGUUGGGCAUGGUUUCUUUGCUACAUCGCGUCCGCCGGAUCAAGCGCUAGAGAACGCAGCAAAAUGGGAAGAACUCUUCUUUAAUCGCGAGAUCAGUGGUAUUCAAUGGCCCACCGAAUUUGCAGAGUUUAAAGACCGCUGUGGUGUCGAGGUCCUACUAAGGUACCUAUCCUCUAAGCUCGGGGAAGCCUUUACUGAGAGUCUUCCGUCGAUUAAGAAUACGGUUUUCACCCGUCUCAAGGUUGUCGAGAGCGAAUUGGCCGCCCUGCCCGAACUUCCCCCCAAUGUAGAAUAUGAGGUGAAGAAGAGCCUUUUUGAUUUUCUUCAGCAGAUGAAAACCGCCAUGAAGAAUACUGCGUUUUCGUCUGAAUGGAAUGCAUUAAACAGCCAAUUUCAAGAAUGCAUAUUCAGAAUAAAACCAACCUGCACAGUCAAAGAUUCAGAGCUUCAGACAAUCGAUAUUUCUGGAGGUGAUUCAGAACCUACCACACCGACACCACAUAGGCCUCGGCCUACUGAUUCAACUAUGCGAAACCUCACAACCCCUAGCAGGCGACAGCGCCAAGACGGUGCCGGCACCCCUGUAAAGAAUGAAGACAUUACGAUGGGAAUGUCACGCACAUCAUCCGUCAUCGGCGGUCCAGGGGCGGGUGUGUCAGACCCAUUCGCCAAGUAUUCCAAUCUUGGUCGAUUUGCAAUGGACAUUAAGGAUAUCCGCAGUGAGAUUCUAUCAAAGAAACGACCUGGAAUGCCGCGAGACUUGGUCCCCGACGAAGUUCGCGAGAAUUUAUGCUUGAAAGCGGUCAGAAAGUGGGAAGCGCCACUGGAAACCUAUAUCAAUAAGACAGCGGAACUGCUAAAGAGGACCGCUAAUGCCGCCCUCGAAAGCUCUCUAGAGUCACUGCGCAGCCGCUUAAUCUUCAAAGACUGCAGGAAGUAUCUGAGUGAAUUUAUUGACAAGACAGUCGCUAGCCAAAGGGCACGCCUAGAGGAAAUAUUCGGAUCCGAGACGUAUCAGCUUUACAUGAUGAAUGACGAUGCGUUCCAUCGUUAUAAAGCACAGGAGAUGGAACAACUUACACGUAUGCGAGGCAUCCUACGUCUAAAGGCCUUGACUCUGAUCGACUGGAAUUAUAAGAUUCAUAAAUUGGAAAGGAUGUCAGAGGAGGAAAAGACCAAGGAACGGAAAAUGCUUGAUGCUAACCUCCACAAGGCUGGGAAAGACCCCUACGAUACUGAAAUUGAGGUGGCCGGUUUUGUUCGUGGAUAUUACAUGAUGGCCGCGGCGCGGUUCGUAGAGGGUGUGACGAUGAAUGUAAAUUCCAACCUCUUCCGCACAUAUCGAGAAAGCCAGCUCGAUGAGUUCUUGAACGCCAAAUUCUAUAUCUUCAGCCAAUCUGAGCCAGGUCUUUAUGAGAGGUUAAUGGAGGAAGACGCGAACACCGCCAAAAGGCGGGAACAGCUUAAAGGAGAAAUGGAUAAGUUGGUGAGGGCCAUGCAUAGCAUUAAUAACCUCGAGAGGUCCUCCAACGAUACCAGCCUCAGGCCCACAUAUGUAAAUUCCAUCAUCUCCGAUAGUGAGAUGGAUGAUGUUGUGUAGUGGUGGACAUGGAUGACUUACAUUAGGGGAUGCAGUUGUUUUAUGCUAACGGAAAUCUCGUCAGUCCGCUAUUGUCCUUGCUUUCUGAUUUUGUUCAAAAUCUAUUUAACAAAUGUGCGACUGAUGCCGGUUCAUAGCUCUGCGACUGGAUACUAUUGCAGGCUUUUGAAGAAUAGGGUGAUAGGGCGAAUUGUAACUAGGAUCCCCAGGAUGGCUUGCUUGCUUGCUUGCUGGUGUGUAUUGAUUCUAGAAGCCUAACAAUGAAACUAAUAAAAUGAGUGAAAUACUGGCAACCUAGGCUUGGCAUUCGAAAUGAGUUUGGGGUCGACACCUUUGAGAUUGUAUGUAAACGAACCACGCCUGCUGUAUAUUGCCACGCAAUUCCAGCAUACCUAUACCUUUGCUCAAGGAUAAUACCAGCCUUCUUCACUUACCACCAAGCUUCCAAGGUUGUUAGACACAUGUCAUAGG